AUGCUUUCUUCCUUUUCUUCCUUCUUCCUGAUUUUCUUCCUUAUCAUCCUUACAUUUCGUUCUUUCUUUUCUUGCUUGCUUCAUUCAUUCGUUCGUUUUUCAUUAGUUGUGUUCAUUAUCUAUCUAUCUAUCUAUCUAUCUAUCUAUCUACCUAUCUAUCUAUCUAUCUAUCUAUCUAUCUAUCUCAGUUUGUUCAUAUGUAUCUAUCUAUCUGGGAAAAGGACUACAAAUCUAUCUAAGGACUACCUAUCUAUCUAUCUCGGCUGUAUUCAUGUUUGUAUCUAUCUAUCUAUCUAUCUAUCUAUCUAUCUAUCUAUCUAUCAUCUGAAUCUGGAAUCUGUUUAUUUUCCCACUACCUGUUCCUUUCAUUUCCAAUAUCUUAUUUCAUUUCUUCAAACUCCUGUUGUCUAUCAUUUCUUUUCAGUUCUUUUCCAAUCUCAUUUCUCUUUAUAUCUCUCAAUCUCAAAGUCUUUAUCUUCAUCUUUAUCUCGAGUGCCUUUCCUCCUCCACGAACAAUUCUUUUCUUUCAAAUCCCGAGUUCAUUUCUCUUACAAUCUCCCGAUGUAA